GUGUCUGUAGCUCCUGACGGUUGAGGGCAUUGAGUGCGCCUACAUCUACAGCGCUCUGGACCAGACGGCCCGCAAGAUCAACAUCGGCCGCUUUGUGCACCGCAAGGCCAUGGUGCUGGUGGUGACGGACGUGGCGGCCCGUGGCAUUGACAUCCCGCUGCUGGACAACGUCAUCAACUACAACUUCCCGUCCAAGUCCAAGCUCUUCCUGCACAGAGUCGGUCGCGUGGCUCGCGCCGGCAGAGGAGGAACCGCCUUCAGUCUGGUGUGUUCUGAUGAAGUGCCUUUCCUCUAUGACCUUCAUCUGUUCCUGGGUCGACCCGUUCAGCUCGCCCUCCUCGAACACACACCAGAUGCUGACGGCGUGUUCGGCCGUGUUCCUCAGAGCGUCCUGGACGAUGAAGAGUCGCAGCUGCUGACGGCUCACGAGAACUCGCUGGAUCUCCAGAACCUGCGGCGCAUCUCUGAGAACGCUUACAAGCAGUACCUAAAGUCUCGGCCCAACCCCGCAGCCGAGUCCAUCAAACGAGCCAGAAACACCGAGCUGUCCUCCAUGGCUGUUCACCCUCUGCUGGGUUCUGGACUGGAGCCGAUGGAGCUGGACCGGCUGCUGAUGGUGGACUCCAUCAAGGGCUACAAGGCUAAAUCUACUAUCUUUGAAAUCAACGCCAACAACAAAAGCAGCGCCGGCGGGGUGAUGCGAGCCAAGCGCUCACGAGACGAUCGACUGCUCGACAAGUUUUCUAAAGCGCGAGCGGAGCGUAUCGUCGAGUCCGCCGUUCCCGCCGUAACCAGAACCGAGGAGGAGCAGGAGCACGAGGAGCUUCAGACUGUGUUCUCAGAAGUGGUUGGAGGGAAAAAACGAAAGCAAGAUAAUGAAGUAGACGGACCGAAGAGCAAACAGAACAAAAAAUCAGGAAAAGAUGAGGAGUUUUACAUCCCGUACAGACCCAAAGACUUCAACUCCGAGCGCGGGCUCAGUCUCGGCGGUGACGGCGGCUCUUUCGAGCAGCAGGCCUCUUCUGCGGUUCUGGACCUGAUGGGUGACGAGAGCAACACGUUAAACCAGAACAAGAGCCUGAUGAAAUGGGAUCGCAAGAGGAAGCGCUUCGUCCGAGACAUGGGCAAAGAGGACAAAAACAAGAAAAUCAGGACAGAAAGUGGACAGGUGGUCAACAGCAAAAAGAGGAAGAAGAGCUUUUAUGAAGAGUGGAAGAAGAAGUAUAAGAUCGAUGACAGAGCGUCAGACUCGGAUGGAGAACCUGGAGGAGCGAUCCGAGGCAGGAGCUUCGGCGGUCGCAGGGGACGAGGAGGAGCUCAAGCACAGCCGGCCCAGCAGCGGAGCGACUCACACGUGCGAUCCGAGCUGAAGAACCGCGAGCAGAUCCUCAAGCAGCGCAAACGCAAAGCCAAGCAGCAGUUCCUGCAGACUGGCGGCAUGAAGAAGCUCCGUGCCAAAGGAAGACAGCGCCUGCAGGAAGUCAUGAGAUCCGGCUUUGGUCGAGGCGGCUCCAAGAAAGGAAAGAUGAGGAAGAGACUUUAAGCGCCACUUCCCCAACACACACCUUUGAUCUAUGAUGGACAACGUUAUAUGUACAUGCACAUAUUAUAUACGGCUAGAAUGAGUGAAGAGACUUUAAAGGGUUAGUUCAACCUUGC